AUGGACGAGGCCCCUGUGUUCGGCGGGUUGUGCAGCCCCGAAGACGAGCUGGUGCCGGACCUGUUCGGCGCCGAGGGUCCGUUCGCGUCUGAGAACAUGGUCCUGCAGGCCCCGGCGGCCGUCCAGCGCGAGGGGGACCAGUUCCACGUCUUCAAAGACGCCUACCUGAGUGCCGCCGACCCCAAAGAGCCGCUCCUGCGGGCGCUCACCUCCCCGCCGCCGGGCGCCGAUUGCCAGGCCAAGGUCAAGGUGGAGCUGGAGGACGAGCGCGACGACCAGGAGGGCCUUGCGGAGUACCCGGGUCUCCCCGAGCUCAGCCCGAUGGAGGACGCCCUGCUGGCUCGGGCCCCGCCGCCCGCCUACAACGUCCACUUCCUGUCCUCGCUGCUGGCCCCGCGCAGGAGCCCCGCGGUAGUGCCCCUGGGCGCCUGGCCACGGGAAGGGGCGGCCCACCCCGGCGUCCGCGUGAUUCCAGUUGAAAUAAAGGAAGCAGGUGGUACGAUUACCGGUAACAACCCGGAGGAGGCAACCUUUCCGAAUCCUCACGCCCAGGAAUCCUGUUGCAAGUUCCCAGCAUCACACGAACCCGAGGGCCCCUCCGACUGUUCCCACAAGGACUCGAAUCCGAUGGUGAUCUGUCAGUUGAAAGGGGGCACACAAAUGCUGUGCAUAGACCAUUCUGGUGCAAGAGAGCUGAAAGCCCUGCAUCUGCUUCCUCAGUAUCAAGACCAAAGUAGUUAUCCACAGUCAGAUGUCCCUAAACCAAUGACUACUUUAGUAGGAAGAUUUUUGCCAGUACCAGCAAAAUUAAAUCUCAUUACUCAACAACUGGAGAACGGAGCCUUGUCACCGGUAGUUAACUCAUCGGCUCUGCCAGGACCACCAAAACUGACUUUGGCUGGGUACUGCGACUGCUUCGCCAGCGGAGACUUUUGCAACAACUGCAGCCGCCAUAAUUGUUGCAACAAUUUACGCCACGAAAUUGAACGGUUUAAGGCCAUUAAGGCAUGUCUUGAUAGAAAUCCAGAGGCGUUCCAACCAAAAAUCGGGACAGGGAACCUGGGAGACGUCAAGCCUCGACAUAACAAAGGCUGCAACUGUAGGCGGUCAGGCUGCCUCAAGAAUUACUGCGAGUGCUACGAGGCCAAAAUCAUGUGUUCUUCUAUUUGCAAAUGCAUUGGUUGCAAAAACUAUGAUGAAAGCCCAGAACGAAAAACGCUAAUGAGCCUGCCGAACGCCAUGGAAAUUGGAAGACUGGACGACAGCCACUUUUCGUCACCAGCCAAAUUCUCAGCCCUACCCAAAUCCAGAAAAGAUCGGCGGUCCUUCACGUGCAUCUCCUGGGAGGUGGUGGAAGCCACCUGUGCCUGCCUGCUGGCUCAGGGCGAGGAGGCAGAGAAGGAACGCUGCCCCGAGUGCCUGGCCGAGCAGCGGAUCCUGGAGGAGUUUGGGAGGUGCCUGUCCCAGAUUCUCCACAUCGAGUUCAAGUCCAGAGGACUGAAAAUGGAGUAGGGUGCAGCACAGAAAGAACACAUGUCGGUUUUGUCUCUGUCCUGACUGAAAUCUGUAGCUUGGAAAGGUUCAGUGAGAAGCGCAAGGCUGGGUCUGCGUCAGCAGCCAGAUCACCGUCCCCUCUGCAUCAGUGAGGUGACUCGGGGGCUCGCUAAAGGAUCUGGCAGUCACGGUGCCUGUUUCUGAGGAGGCGUGUGACAGAACAGUUGUUUGCCAGUCCUGGGAGCACGGCUGGAGGCCAGGCCUAGAGAGAACGUGAGUC